GUGGGGUUGUGUGGGAUGUGUUUGAGCGGUAAGGUGAACACUCCUGCUUUAGUACGUGUUUGGACAAGGCAUGAGCUAGUUUAGCCGUGGAACAGUUCCUUUUUUACUCAGAGAUUCUGGACAUUUUGGGUGUAAAAGGUGUGUAAAAGGAUUGGUGAUGCAGGGCCCUUUUAUAUUCUGACUACAUUUUUAUAAAGCAGUGUUUUGAAAUCAAAUAAACAACAAAAUGACUAACAAAGCAGAUGCUACAAGAAUUUUUGAGAAAGGGCCAGAAUACCUUCGGAAACAGAUGGAAGCCAAGAACGAUAUGGGGGGACGCAUGACCGCAGUGGAGAUGCUUGCUGCAAGUAAAAAACAGUAUGUCAAGAGUCAACAGGUGGUAAACUCUGUGCAGGAGCCAGUCAGUAGCUUUGGAUCUGCCUCCGUUAGUAGCAACGGAUCUUCUAACCGGAGCUCCAAUUGGAGUGGCAGGAACAGUGGAAAUAAUUUGCCUGCGGGCACAAGCGUUGUGCUAAGAGGGCCCCUCUCCCUGGAGGACAAAAAUACAGCCCGUCGGACAAGCUCCAAAAGACGGGACUCCCUUUUACUGUACAGACAGAAAUGUGAUCUUGUAAAAGUGGGGACAAGUGACAGAAACAAAAUGAAGUUGGGGCACAGGUUGCUGCUCAAUCCUGUGGAUAAGGUGAGUUUACUGACUGAGGACGAGGAAAAUAACUCUAAAUGUAUGACACGCGAAAGACCUGCCAAGGGGUAUAUAUCGAAGGCCGGUUGUUCACAGCCCCAACAGCCAGAAACACAACUUCUGUCCACAGAUGAAGAAAGAAUGGAUAUAGGAAACCAGGCAUCAAAACAGUCUCCAGGUGUGAUGCGGAGACCCGAUCACAAAAGAGUUGCUGAAGUUCAGACGAGGGCUCGCAAAGGGGUAGGUCGUUCACACUCGGACAUCAGCUCGAGAUAUUCCAAAAACUUUGCUGACUUUGAUGCAUUCUUCAAAUACUGUGGAUUGGAUGGCGAUGUUGUUAAUGCACUGGGCAAAGAGAACUUUUCUUCACGUUCAGAUGAAACUGAAAGUAAAAUCAGUGCCAGUGUCUCAAUGUCAGAUGAUGGGUUCUCACAGCAUAGCAAUGAAGACAGUAACGAUGCUUUAUUAGAGGAGGAGUUGCAUGAAACUAUUCGACAGGGGACUUCUGUCAUUGAGCGCAAUGCCAGAGUUAUCAAGUGGCUGUACAGUUGUAAAAAUGCUAAAGAUUCAGGAAAGACAUUACGAGAUCUAAACUGACUUAGGCUUGUAUGUUUUAGCCAUGAAACAUAACCCAAGGUUUCCUUUCCCCUUCAAUGUCAUGCCUACUGUCUGUCUGAAGUUAUAUUAUAUACUAAUAUAUGUGUAAUAUAGUAUAUUUACUUAAGCCAAUCGGUUGACAUACAUUAACAUGUUAGGCUACCGACUGCCAAGUCUAUCAACAAUUAAAUGAAUGACAUUCCUGGGGUUGGGGAGUGAAAAAAAGGAAACAGCAUAUGCACUAUCACAAUGCUUUCUUGGCUAUUGCAAAAUAGUAAGUUAUAAUUGUCAUGUUUGAAGACUUGUAUUCCGUGUUACUAGAAAUGUCCAAUUAGUCAACCAAUCAAAUCUGAGGUCAAGGUGUAAGUUUAUUUUUAUUUUUUUAUAUUAGCUUUUCUCUAUUAUAGUUGUUAUAGUUAUUCCUGCAGGGCUGGUUGAAAUUGAAUUUUUCUGUAUUCUUAUGUCAAUAAGCAUGUAAUUUCCUCAGGAUUAUAAUCUCAUGUGUAGUUCUAUUGGAAUGCCAAAACAAAUGUCACUAUUUUUACAUUGUUUCUAUGGUAUAAUCAAUACUGGCAGAAAUACCUUAAGUCAUUGACUGAACCUGAGGUAACCUGAACAAUGGUUCCUCAAAGGCUGGCAGCCCAUUUCACAGACUACAGUGAAAGGCAGUUGUCCCCUCAAACCAUCUUCACUCUCUGGAAUUAUGUCUUAUAGACAGAAACAUGAGAGGAAGGAAACUUGACACAUUACUCAUGUUUGUUUGCCAAGUGUUCCAAUAAGGCUAUGAUUACUACCCGAUCACCCUCCACCUACAGGUGUAUUGUUUUCUGUCUGUGUUAGUCACCGUUUAGCUUUGUCUAUGUUAGUGAUAAUUACUUUUUAAUUAUUAUUCUUGACUCUAGUCUGUGCUUGUAAAUUGCAGUACAAAUAUAAUAGAAAUAAUCAGGACAUCUUGAUGAGAGCUGAAGAAUGUUUGACAGUUUAGGUCUAGGAUUUAAAGAUGAUAAUAGAGAUAUACCCUGAAGCUGAUUUGAGGUAUUAGCCAACUUACUUUGAUGAACAUAAUAGCAGUGUUAUGGACACGUAUCCCUUCUAGACCUGUCCAGAAGGGGCUGACAGCAGCACGGAGACAAGUCUCACCCUGCCUCCACAUUCCCAAGCAUUCAGAAGAUUUGAAAACCGCUGUAGCAACAACCCUACUCCGCUUCAGAUUAGAGCAGAGGCAGCACAUUAACACAAUACUAAUCUGUACACCCAAAACGUGAGUUGAUAUAGAGUAUUUUUUAAGGUAGCCCCUAGGUGGCAGCAUCAGAUUGUACCUGAGCUUUGCCAUCUAGUUCAAAAAAGUGCAUGUCUGUGGCCACUGCACACUGUAUUACUUAUCACUGUGAAUUAAGUUCCUCCCGGAAUAUUUGAUUUUAGUUCAAGUUAAAUAUAUAUCAUAUAUGAGCUGGCCAUGAAUCAA